GUAACUGUCCAUUUUGUUUGGAUACAUACCGUACCGGAAUCUCAAAAAUGAAGACUCCCACUCUCCUCUUGUCAACCUUGUUGUCAUCGUCUCGCGCUUUCAACAAUGGAAGAUAUCUCAUGCAGCAUUCCUUGGCGUCGCAGUCGCGACUCUACUCACAGGCAGAGAAGAAAAACAACCCCGUCUCCGUCGAAACCAAAGACGACUGGAUAUCAGAUUCGUUGUCCGAUGCCGAUGAUCUGCAGGGGGCUGGUCAUUUGUCGCCCUCGACGUCUGCGUCCCAGCUGUCACAAUUUGUCCAGGGCCCCAAAAAUUGCCUGAUAUUCGAUACGACAUUGCGAGAUGGCACCCAGGGAGAACUUGUAUCUGCUUCUUGCGACGACAAACUGAAGAUAGCUACCCGCCUCGCCGCCUUCGAUGUUGACUACAUCGAAGCGGGCUGGCCGGGGAGCAACCCAAAAGGUAAGAAAUCCAAUCGCAGAAAUUUCGAGGCUUUGUUGGAUCCGAUGGACGGGACGCACGGCAAUACGAUUUUCUAACGCUUGGUGCAAUGCAAACAGAUCUCGAAUUCUUCAAACGAGCAAAGGCCGAACUUACAGAACAUACCCGAUCAAAGCUUGUUGCAUUUGGUUCGAGUCGUCGAAAGAACACGGCGGUCGAAAAAGAUCCACAGAUCCAAGCCCUGGUGGAGUCGGAUGUUUCCACCGUCUGCAUGGUGGUGAAGGCCCAUUCCUGGCAGGUCACCGAAAUUCUGAGGGCGACGCGGGAAGAAAACCUACAGAUGAUUUACGAUUCCGUCGAGUACCUCACGAAUCUCGGAAAGACGGUCCUGGUCGACCUGGAACAUUUUUUCGACGGAUACAAAGACGAUCCCGAGUACGCGAUAGCCUGCUGCGAGUCGGCAGUGGAUGCCGGAGCGAGGUGCCUGGUGAUGUGCGACACCAACGGGGGAAGCAUGCCCUGGGAAGUCACCGAUACGACGACCGCCAUGGUGAAGCACUUCGAACCCUUUUGCACCAUUGGCAUCCAUUGCCACAAUGAUUCCGGCAUGGCCGUUGCCAACAGCAUUGCUUCGUGCCAUGCGGGCGUCGGGUUGAUCCAGGGGACGAUCAACGGAAUCGGCGAGCGCACCGGAAACGCCGAUCUCUGCUCCAUCGUUCCGAGCCUGGCCCUGCACGUCGAAACGGACAUGACCUGCAAGGACAAGGUUCCAGAGCUGACGAAGCUCUCUCGGUUCGUGGACGAGGUGCUAAACCGCACCCCCAACACUGCAGCCCCGUACGUAGGAAGGUCGGCCUUUGCCCACAAGGGAGGCUUGCACGUUGCUGCCAUGGAACGCAGCCCCCUGUCGUACCAGCACGUGGAGCCAGAAUCGGUCGGCAACGAGAUGAGGGUGCUGAUUUCAGAGCUGAGCGGCCGGCAGAACAUCAUGGGCAAGAUGCAAGACAUGUUUGGCAGCGAAAUGGACGUGGGCCAGAAAUCGGCCCGGUCCCUGGCCGUUCUGAACCGUGUGAAGGAGCUCGAGAACAUGGGCUACCAGUUCGAGGGAGCGGACGCUUCCGUGCACCUGAUGAUUUUGUACAGCACCCAGGGGUACUGCCCGCCCUUUCAGGUCCUGGAUUAUUCGGCCCAGUGCUAUGACCAAACCAUGGACAGCGCGAGCCGUCUCAUGAAGACCCGCGCCGAUUCCUCCACGGCGCGGGCAACGAUAAAGGUCCGCACCGUAUCGGACGACCCGGACCUGGAGGGCUCGGGGUUGUCCUUUGUCGAGAACCUCGAGGUAUCGGACGGGGCGGGGCCCGUGGACGCCCUGGCAAAGGCCAUGCUCAAGGCGCUGACGCCUUCCCACCCCUCGCUGGAGUCCAUUGAGCUAACGGACUACAAGGUGCGCAUCCUGAACCCAAACGCGGCCACCAAGGCCGUCACGCGGGUCCUGAUUGACUUCCGGGACGCGGAGACCGACCAGAAGUGGACCACCGUGAGCGUCGAUUCGAACAUCGUGUCUGCCUCCCUGAACGCCCUGGUGGACGGGUUUGAGUACGCCCUGAUCGAGCACAGCGACACGUGCAUGCUGUGCGACGACUUUUUUGCCUAGCACCAAGAAUCCGUCCGUGCCUUCGUGGUGGUUGGCUUCUACUUUGCAUCUGCCGAAGCAACGAAAUGAGUUUGCAACAGCGAUAUAAUAACUGGUAAUAUUAUUU